CCCAGGAUCCCACCACAGGAGGAAUGCCAGGGGCCACCAACUGGACGCCCACCACACCUCCCUGAGGACACUGCGAUUAACUCCCUCCUUGUGCCCAGCCCACAGAGGGGUGGGAAGCCUGGCAGGCCACAUACCUUAACCCUCUUUGACGAAGGAAGGCGAGAGGGAGGCAGCUGCUGGCCAGGCCUGAGGCCCAUUCUAAGGUUUUCAGGUUCUGAACACUGAGGUCCACUGAGUCUGUGUGCAGGUGCUCUGCCCGGCAGGCAGCUUGAGCCGGGCAGGGCCCCUCCCUCUGCUACGGCAGCCCCCCAUCAUGCAGCCCCCACUGGACCUCAAGCAGAUCCUGCCCUUCCCACUGGAGCCGGCACCCACCCUGGGCCUCUUCAGCAACUACAGCACUAUGGACCCUGUGCAGAAGGCUGUACUGUCCCACACUUUUGGGGGACCCUUACUCAAGACCAAGCGGCCCAUCAUUUCCUGUAAUGUCUGUCAGAUCCGCUUCAAUUCUCAGAGCCAGGCUGAGGCCCACUACAAGGGUAAUCGCCAUGCCCGAAGAGUCAAAGGCAUCGAGGCUGCCAAGACUCGAGGCAGGGAGCCCAGCGUCCGGGAAGCAGGAGAUCCAGCUCCCCCAGGCGGCACGCCCCCAAGUGGAGAGGGUGUAGCCCCCCGUCCAGUGACAGUUUCCAUGGAAAAUGGACUGGGUCCAGCCCCAGGAUCCCCAGAGAAACAGCCUGGCUCCCCAUCCCCUCCCAGUGUUCCGGAGACUGGUCAGGGUGUGACCAAGGGUGAAGGGGGGACUCCAGCCCCAGCUUCCCUGCCUGGGGGAAGCAAGGAAGAGGAGGAGAAGGCCAAGCGGCUGCUCUACUGUGCUCUGUGCAAGGUGGCAGUGAACUCCCUGUCCCAGCUUGAGGCACAUAACAAAGGUACUAAGCACAAGACGAUUCUGGAGGCCCGAAGUGGACUGGGCCCCAUCAAAGCUUACCCUCGGCUGGGGCCUCCCACUCCCGGGGAACCAGAGGCCCCUGCCCAGGACCGAACCUUCCACUGUGAGAUCUGCAAUGUCAAGGUCAACUCGGAGGUCCAACUGAAACAGCCCCCCACCCACUGGUCCCUGCAGCACAUUUCCAGCCGGCGGCACCGAGAUGGCGUGGCCGGGAAGCCCAACCCCCUACUGAGCCGUCACAAGAAGCCCAGGGGCGCCGGGGAGCUGGCGGGCACUCUGACUUUCUCCAAGGAGCUGCCCAAGUCCUUGGCCGGAGGCCUGCUCCCCAGCCCCCUCGCGGUGGCUGCGGUGAUGGCAGCGGCAGCAGGCUCCCCGCUGUCUCUGCGCCCGGCUCCCGCCGCACCUCUUCUCCAGGGACCGCCGAUCACCCACCCCCUGCUCCACCCGGCCCCCGGGCCCAUCCGAACUGCGCACGGACCCAUCCUCUUCUCCCCCUACUGACCUGAACCCUGAACCCCCUCCCAUUCAAACCCCCCACCUCCAGCCGGGACCCAGGCCUCCGGGCUCCCAGUCCGUCCCUCCUCCCGGCACUCCCUGAAUGAUCUCUCUCCUUCCCCCCUACCCCGAGGUACGGGGUUCCAGGAAAGGGGAGGGGUAGCGGGGGAGGGGGGCUUCAGAAGGGGGGGAACACCCCAGAUCUCAGGGAACCCCGCCCCCUGCCCUUCCCUCUCCCCUAGAAAAGGGGGGGCUGUCUCACCCCCGGGCCCCCUUGGAGACACCCCCUCCCAAAAGCCAUGUGCAUCCAGCCCUUCCCCCCAAACCUAGCACAAAACGGGGUUCACAAGCCAUGAUCGGGGUCCAGGGGGCAGAAAUGGAUUUUCUUGGCAAUAAGCGGACUCUGGGACUCCGGCCCCCUACCCCCAAACUGAAGCGCUUCCGUGAACACCCCCGUCCUCCGCAGGGGGAGGGGAGCAGGCGGGAUCCUGGGUCCCUCAUAAGCACUUUGGUUUUACCGCCUGCAACCUCACUGUGCCCGCCCCGCAUCACGCCCCAGCCCAGGUCUAGCCGGGCCCACGGGCAGCACUUGGUGGCAUCUCUGGCACUUGGGUGGGACCAAGUAGAUGCCCCUAUAGACCCUUCCCUCACCUUCUUCCUUCCCAGUCCGGAUUCCAUUCUUUUCACCAGCACCCAUCGCCCAAGGGGUACCAAGGGGGGCAAGGGGUGUCCAGUCCAAGCCCACCCCCGCCUCGCCUUCCGCAAAACUGUGAGCAAAAAGCAAUAGAAGCCUCGCCCCCGCCCCGCCCCUUUCCGCAGGAUUUGCAGUCUGUAGCCUACCCCAUUCCAGCUCCUAGACCUCAUGGCUGUCCCCUCCCACCAGACACCUCCACUGCACAACUCGGGCGGGGUCGUGACCUCCCCACCCCACCUUGUGGUUUCCGUAUCGUCAGUCCUUCCAGCACAGACCCGGGAGGGGGACAGGCCCCCACUGGCCUUCCCCUCCCCAUCAACUCUUAAUGCUUGACGAUGUAGCAAUCCCGGCCCCCAGCCCACGUCUUUCCCUUUUCCCCCUCCCUGACAAUAAAAUCUGGAUUCGUUGCCCUCCGUC